CCGCCAUGAUGAGUGUCCCCGGGAGCAGUUCCGCCCUGAACUGCCGGCAGAUUGGUACAACCGGAAGGUCCGCCAUUUUGAUCGGAUCUCUUACUUGGGAGCGGAGCGAGGAAUCGGAUUCUGAAGGUAGGGAGUGAGUGGUGGAAGACAACACAAGUGUGACUCAAGGAGGCUUGAAGAUCAAAGAAAAUGAACGGGUCCCUGGAUCACCCCGACCAGCCCGACAUUGACUCCAUCAAGAUGUUUGUGGGUCAGAUUCCAAGGUCCUGGUCAGAAAAGGAGCUGAAGGAACUUUUUGAACAGUAUGGUGUUGUGUAUGAAAUCAAUGUACUCCGCGACAGAAGUCAAAACCCCCCUCAGAGUAAAGGUUGUUGCUUUGUAACGUUUUAUACCCGUAAAGCAGCGCUAGAAGCACAAAAUGCCCUUCACAAUAUGAAGAUCUUGCCUGGGAUGCACCAUCCUAUACAGAUGAAACCAGCAGACAGUGAGAAGAAUAACGCCGUAGAAGAUAGGAAGCUCUUUGUGGGCAUGAUUUCCAAGAAAUGCAACGAGAACGAUGUGCGUGUCAUGUUCUCCCCUUUCGGACAGAUAGAAGAAUGUAGAAUAUUACGGGGCCCAGAUGGUCUGAGUCGAGGUUGUGCAUUUAUAACAUUUACAACAAGAUCAAUGGCUCAGAAUGCAAUCAAAACAAUGCACCAGUCACAGACGAUGGAGGGCUGCUCUUCUCCGAUCGUCGUGAAAUUCGCUGACACGCAGAAAGACAAAGAGCAGAAGCGAAUCGCUCAGCAACUCCAGCAACAGAUGCAGCAGCUCAGUGCAGCCACCAUGUGGGGCAGCUUAGCUGGGCUCAAUACGCUUGGACCCCAGUACCUGGCACUUUAUUUACAGCUCCUACAGCAGACUGCCUCUUCCGGGAACCUCAACACACUGAGUAAUCUGCACCCGAUGGCCGGUCUCAAUGCUAUGCAGUUACAGAACCUCGCUGCUCUGGCCGCAGCCGCAAGCGCAGCACAGAGCUCUACGGCGGGGGGCAACACGUUGAACACGGGCAGCAGCCCUCUGAGUGCACUAACCAGUUCAGGUUCAUCGAGCAGUAACAGCACAAACUCUUCAAUAAACCCAAUGGCAACCCUGGGUGCACUACAGACGUUGGCAGGGGCAACGGGAGGCCUCAACGUCAACUCUUUAGCAGGAAUGGCGGCUUUGAACGGAGGAUUGGGCACGGGCGGUCUGUCGAAUGGCACGGGGAGUACAAUGGAUGCACUGACCCAGGCGUACUCGGGGAUUCAGCAGUACGCAGCCGCAGCCCUCCCUUCUCUUUAUAACCAGAGUCUCCUCACUCAGCAGAGCUUAAAUGCAGCAGGAAGCCAGAAAGAAGGACCAGAGGGAGGCAAUCUGUUUAUUUACCACCUGCCUCAGGAGUUCGGAGAUCAGGAUCUGCUCCAGAUGUUUAUGCCUUUUGGGAAUGUCAUUUCUGCCAAGGUUUUCAUUGACAAACAGACGAACUUGAGCAAAUGUUUUGGUUUUGUAAGCUAUGACAAUCCAGUUUCCUCGCAGGCUGCUAUUCAAGCAAUGAAUGGCUUUCAGAUUGGCAUGAAACGCCUGAAGGUCCAACUUAAGCGAUCAAAGAAUGACAGCAAGCCAUACUGAGCUUUGAUCAAAAUGAACUUGAGUUUAAACAUGUUCACUGAUAUCUUCGUGCCCGUUUGUUCAUCGUCUGCCUAGCAUGUUGCUGUGACGUCAAAGUUCAUCGUCCCUCGUUGUCUCUGAGCUUCUCUGAUGCUUGACCUCUACUGACUUUGACCUUGUUUUGACAUUAAAUUUGAUGUAUUUCAGAAAUCUUUUGUUUCUCCUCUCUUUGCCAACCCCCUCCUUGCUCUGCCCAAACCCUACACCCCUGCCCUCCACCCCUCAACACACACACCCUUCAGAGCUGCUGGGGCAGACCACUUUAAGCAAGCUUACACAAGCUGCGUUUAACAUUUUGAGAGUCUAUUUUUCUAGAAUUUCUUAACUAAAUUGCAGCAUUUUGACACUUUCUACUCCUUUUCACAAAGCAGCUUUUCUGGCACUAGCAGAGGGCUUUGUAUCUCGAUCAUCCAAUCAGCAAACAAACAGAAAAUUACCUGUGUGUGCUCCUGUUUCAUUUUUUUUCUUUAAAAGUGUGUCGUGUGUUAGGGAAGUAUGAAGUGUUUAUCACAUUUCAUUCUUAAAGAUGAUGAGGCUGGAAUGCUUUCUACUCCAGAAGAAGGAAGGGUGACAGCUUCUCCCUUUUUGUUGCAACCCUCACCCAAUCCUGCUUUUUCCACCUCCCCUUCCUUCCCAGCCACACCGUGCCAUUCCCCACUCCCUUAUCUUUCUAGUCUGCCCCUGUCUCACCCCUUACAUCCAUCCCUCCCAUCCUCUUUACCCCCCACCCCUUCAUCUUCUACCCACUAUUCUCUUCCCAGUCACUCCAUUCUCCCACCCAUCCCUUUUCCACUGCCCCCUCCAUAUCUGUACCCUCCUUCCCCGCCCCCUCCUACCUUCUCCCUUUCCUCCAUGUCCUGUCCCCCUCCCUCUCCCUCAGUAUACUGGAGUGUCAUCAGUAAAGAAGUACUUGAAUAGCUUUUACAAAGUGUCGCCCACUUCCCUUGGGGUUUACUUUUUGGCACUUUGGUUUUCUAACAUUAGCAGUAAGUGUCUGAAGCAAAGGUUUGAAGAAAUGAAAAGGAAGUCUUUAGUUUAAUGUUGUCAAGUUUGGUCCUAUUAUACCUUGCAUGUAUUGUAUCUAUGCUCAACCCUCAGCAAGAUGUGAUGUGACUUGUUAAAUUGAUUUAGUGCCAAGUGUUAUUUGCAUGUUACAGCCUUUUACACUUUGUACAGCUUUUCUGUCUUCCUGACCUCGAAUUUGCUGUUUGAUAAAGGAAAAAAAUACAAUUGAGUUGGAGGUUUAAAUAAAGUAUAUUUUUGAACUGUCUCGUGGCAAAUAUCGUGCGCAAACCAGGUGACAUCCUGUUGAACUCCACCUCCACCUGCUUUGACCCUGGUGUUGAUAUGGCUCCCAGCAGCCCUGCUGGGACGUGUGCAGUGUUUUUGUUUACAGAUUGUUUGGUUUUGAGGGUUCUGGGGAGUUAGGACUUUCCACAAAGUGUUUAAUGUAAUCCAAGUGUCAUUUUUGGAAGUGGUUUUGAGGGACAUUUUCUGCAAGGGCUGAGUUGAUCAUUGGACACAUGACAACUGGGGGGUUUCCACUAUGGCUACCGUUAAUUUUUACUAAAUUAUAUGAGGCAGUGAAAUUGUUAACCCCUGCUUCUGCCUCCCAACUCGAUCCUCAUGCGCAGCCUCCACCUCCGUGAAACACAAUACAGCACAUAUCCCCAAUCCCAAUCCUCAGGGCCACUCACUCCUCUCCCCCACAACCCAGAUUUGCCUCUAUUGUUUCCCCUACACCUUCAAUCCCAGUCCAAACCCAAUCCAGCCCUGCACCUCAUCCUACAGUCCUAUCUAUUGAAUCUUCACCCUGUACAUCACCCCCUUACCCAAUUCUCAAAUACAAUCUAAUUCCCAUCCCCCCCCCCCCUCCCCCCAGUCCAAACCCCUCAAAUUGUAUCCUCUCCCUACAUCCACCCUUCUCCUGUCUGGGUUUGGCAGAAGAUUUAGUUUUCUGCUGACAUUAGUCAUUUUGCUUCAUCCUUUGACCUACUCUGUGUAGUAGAAUUGCACACUGCAGCAGUGCAGCCUUUGUAACACACGCUUGCUCCCACACUCACAAAAAGGCUCUCAACCAUGCCCACACCAACAGCACGAGCAGCGACUGAAGCUGGUUAUCAGUGCUCGCCCAUCUGAGAAUCCCGUACACAGUGAGAAUGGCUAAGCCUAGCAAAUUAUGAAAUCAACAUUUUUGGCAACUUCUUUCCUCACCCCCACCACUUCCUUUCUUGAGUUACAAGCUGAUUUAUUGUUCAGAGUGGAGUGCGCAGAUCAACCAGUCUGCCAUUUCUUACUAGUUGAGAGAUUGGGAUUGGCCGGAUCUAGAUGGCUUGGUGGGCAAUCUAUUGGGAUACUGCCCGUGAACCAGUUUCCGAAAGCACCUCAGCUUUGCACCUCCGUUCCAGCCGAGCCCUACCCCAGACAAACCCAGACAGCAUGCACCUCAUCCCAAGGUCGUCUAUGACUGCCACUGACUGAGGAUGCAGUUGGGAGGACACUCUGGGUGAUGUACCCUGGCAGGGGUUGACGUGUUGAUGCUGCCUCGCCCUCAAGCACAGUGUGAUUGUGUUCCUUCUGUAGCGCGAUUGCCAACCCUCCAGCUUCUUCACGAGCACUCGGUGGUCCUUAGCACACCACCCGUGCCAGAAUCCUGUGGAAAAUGCUUAACGAAUAUUUAAUUGCCAUCUUGUUAUCUUUUUGAUAAUGUAAACAUUGAAAACAGAUAUUUGAGUGACUGUUUUUCCAAACCCUUGCUGCUUUGUAAGUUAACAAACAUCUAAGAAUCCUGUGGGCUUUUUUUGGUACAAACUGAUUGUAUUUAACUCUGUAGGUUUUGUACAACUUUGCCUUUUAUACGAGGAUUAUAAAAUGAUUAACAAAUGUGAAUGAUAUUGAUUUCUAAAAGUUUGCCACAAUGACCAAACCUCUCUACUAAAGUAAAAUGCAAUUUUGCUCUCAUUACAAAGAAAAAGCUUUUUUUUUCCAAAAGUGUCAUUAUCUUGUGUGAAUUUUUUUUCUGUGUGAUGUAACCUUGAGACAAAUUAUGAGUUAAUUAUAAAACAUGGAAGAGAACCACUUGUAAGUUGUUUUGGAGCAAACUGUGUAGAGGUAUGGCAAAGUGUUGCGAGUUUGAAUAAAGCUGGUAUUUGCUUCAGAUUUUUCUUACUAUUUUUGUCUUGACUAGGUACUAAACUGUUUUAACUGCACACACAGAUUUGCAGACAUUUUAUAUGAAACUGUGGUACCUUGUUUAGCAUUUACUAUUAAACAGUUUGAGAUGAA